AUGCCGCCUAAGGAUCGCGGCAGAAGCAAACUGCCAGUUCCUCUCCCAAGAGACAUGAUCCUGAAAGACACAGAAGGAAAAGUCUGGCGUCUGGGCCGUCAGAUCGGCCAGGGAGGCUUUGGCUUGAUCUAUUUAGCUUCUCCUCAAACUCAUGUUUCUGUAGAAGAUGAUGCAGUGCAUGUAAUUAAAGUGGAAUAUCUUGAAAAUGGUCCCUUAUUUUCUGAACUGAAAUUUUACCAGAGGGCUGCUAAACAAGAGCAUAUAAGAAAAUGGAUGAAUCUCAAAAAAAUAAGAUGUUUAGGAAUUCCAGUGUUUUGGGGAUCAGGCUUGGCUGAGUACAAGGGAAAAAGCUAUAGAUUCAUGGUUAUGGAGCGACUGGGGGAAGACCUUCAAAGAAUCUUUGAAGACUGUGGAAGCAGAUUUAAGAAGGAGACUGUUCUGCAACUUGGGGCACGAAUGUUGGAUGCUUUGGAAUAUAUACAUGAAAAUGAGUAUGUUCAUGGUGACAUUAAAGCAGCAAACCUACUGUUGGGCUACACCAAUCCACAUGAGGUUUAUCUUGCAGAUUAUGGACUUUCCUACAGAUAUUGUCCCAAUGGGAACCACAAACAGUAUCAGGAAAAUCCUAGGAAGGGCCAUAAUGGGACAAUAGAGUUUACCAGCAUAGAUGCCCACAAGGGAGUAGCCCCAUCCAGACGAGGUGACCUUGAAAUCCUUGGGUACUGCAUGCUGCAGUGGUUAUGUGGGAAGCUGCCCUGGGAACAGAACCUGAAGGACCCUGUAGCUGUCCAGACUGCAAAAACAAAACUUAUGGAUGAGCUCCCAGAUUCAGUGACGGAAUGGCAUUCUUCUGGAAGCAGCUGUAGUGAAAUAGCCAAGUUCUUGGUAUGUGUUUAUGGCUUAGCUUAUGAUGAUAAGCCAAAGUAUCAAGUGCUCAAGAAAAUCCUGCUGGAUGGACUAGAGUCAAGUGGAACUCGCUACGAUGGCCCUCUGGAAUUUUCCGCUGCAGCGUGCACACGAAAUCACGGUGCUGCUGAAGUGUCAAAAGUUCACUUACCAAAGCCUAUAGCAAAACCAGCUCAGCAGAAGCAAAAAAAGAAGGAAGCUAAUGAAUAUGUCUGUCAAAACAAUGCCUGUCCUGGGGUAACAGGCAAACAACUCCAAGGUGAAGAAAAGCCAAGUAAAUUAAACAGGAUGCUUCACCAAACGGAGCCUCAGCAGGUUUACUUACCGAAGCCUUCACCGAAACCUGCUCAACAGAAGCAAAACAAGGAGAAGGAGGAAGAACCCAACUGCCUUAGCAUGCCCCGUGCUCGGGUAAUGCAUCGGCAAGUCCAGGCUGAAGAGAAGCCAGUUAAAUUUUACACCACGAUUCAGGAGCCUGACCACCCACAAAAG